AUGUGUGAUGCAUCUGACUAUGCAGUAGGAGCAGUGCUUGGCCAAAAGAUAGACAAGAAACUCAAUGUCAUCUACUAUGCAAGCAAGACUAUGGAUGAUGCUCAGUGCAAGUAUGCAACCACAGAGAAGGAACUCCUUGCCAUAGUCUUUGCCUUUGAGAACCUGGAAGAAGUUAAGGCUCUGCGUGAUGAGAAUUUGCCAUGGUAUGCUGAUAUAGUGAACUUCAUGGUGUCCGGAGAAGUCCCUAGUAGCUUUGAUGCUUACAAGAGGAAGAAAUUCUUCAAGGAUGCUAGGCAUUACUAUUGGGAUGAGCCCUACCUGUACAAGAGAGGACCAGACAGCAUUUACAGGAGAUGCAUUGCUGAAGAGGAUGUGCAAGGAGUUCUAGAGCAUUGCCAUGGGUCAGCUUAUGGAGGUCACUUUGCUACAUUCAAAACAGCAACUAAGGUUUUGCAAUCUGGGUUUAUGGUGGCCUACUUUGUUUAA